UCAUUUGCAUGUGUGACAUCACGGGCCUAGAAUAUUUAAGAGGGCGCCCCGACCCACGCUCAGGACCACUCUGUCUCGGGACUUUGGCCUCUUCUUUCCUUUCCGCUCCUGCAGCUGCGACCCUCCAACAUGACCGAGUUCACGGCGGAUCAGAUUGAGGACUUCAAGGAGGCCUUCGGUCUCUUCGACAGGAUCGGUGACAGCCAGGUGGCCUACAACCAGGUGGCCGACAUCAUGCGCGCCCUGGGCCAGAACCCCACCAACAAAGAUGUGGUCAAGAUCCUGGGCAACCCAUCAGCCGAAGACAUGGCCAACAAGAGGAUCAAUUUCGACACCUUCCUGCCCAUGCUGAAGCAGGUGGACGCUCUGCCCAAGGGUACGUAUGACGACUACGUUGAGGGUCUGCGCGUCUUUGACAAGGAGGGCAACGGCACCGUCAUGGGCGCUGAGCUGCGCAUCGUGCUGUCCACCCUGGGAGAGAAGAUGACCGAGCCCGAGAUCGAAGCCCUCAUGGCCGGCCAGGAGGACGAGAACGGCAGUGUGCACUACGAAGCGUUCGUCAAGCACAUCAUGUCCGUUUAAGCGGCCCGCAGAAGGAGAGCGUGUUCAGGACAUCGGACAUUCGAAGACCAAGAAGAAAAGACAAGGACUUUGUACACGGGAUGUUGAAGCGAAUCCAACGUUUUGUUUAUUUUGUUUACCUCUCCGUUUCAACCGUCCUCUUAUCGGGACUGGCCCUCUCCGUUGUAGAACCCAUCACUGUGUCUCCACUCGCCGCAUGAGGUGAGGACACGGGGGAGCAGGGGUGACCACUCAUCAAGUGAGGGCCCAUCCCUCCCUUCCCACCGCCACCUCAUUCAGUCGCGCCAUCACUGGCCCAGCAACGCCAAAGGUCCUGGAGAGCGGCAGCGGACUGACCGCCAAAAAGUCUCCCCAUUGCCCAGGAAACUAUAAUUUAUUUUCACUCUGUUCCUUUCAGAAUAAACCUAAUCCAGAGGACAUCCCA